AUGUCUCUCUCCAACAAGCUCUCCAUUGCGGACGUCGACCUGAAGGGCAAGCGCGUCCUCAUUCGGGUCGACUUCAAUGUCCCACUUGACGGAAGCAAGAUCACCAACAACCAGCGUAUUGUCGGUGCUCUCCCCACGAUCAAAUAUGCGCGCGAUAACGGCGCCAAAGCCGUCGUGCUCAUGAGCCAUCUCGGCCGGCCAGACGGCAAGCCCAACCCGAAGUACAGUCUCAAGCCGGUUGUUCCCGAGCUCGAGAAGCUGCUGGGCACAAGCGUGACCUUUACCGAGGACUGCGUCGGCAAGCAGGUCGAGGAGACUGUCAACAAGGCUAGUGACGGACAAAUCAUUCUGUUGGAGAACUUGCGCUUCCACGCGGAGGAGGAGGGCAGCUACAAGGAUGAUGAGGGCAAGAAGCAGAAGGUUGACAAGGCGAAGGUGGAUGAGUUCAGGAAGGGCUUGACUGCUCUUGGUGAUAUCUACAUUAACGAUGCUUUCGGCACCGCCCACCGUGCACACAGCUCCAUGGUCGGCGUAGACCUCCCACAAAAGGCCUCUGGCUUCCUCGUCAAGAAGGAGCUCGACUACUUCGCGCAAGCUCUCGAGGAGCCCAAGCGCCCCUUCCUCGCCAUCCUCGGCGGCGCCAAGGUCAGCGACAAGAUCCAGCUCAUCGACAACCUGCUCGGCAAAGUCGACAGCCUGAUCAUCUGCGGCGGCAUGUCCUUCACAUUCAAGAAGACGCUCGAGGGCGUCAAGAUUGGCAACAGCUUGUUCGAUGAGGCGGGCAGCAAGACAGUCAAGGACCUCGUGGAGAAGGCGAAGAAGAACAACGUCAAGAUUGUUCUGCCCGUGGAUUACAUCACUGCGGACAAGUUCGACAAGGAUGCCAACACAGGCUAUGCGGAGGACAAGGACGGCAUCCCAGAUGGCUGGAUGGGUCUCGACUGCGGAGACAAGUCAAUCAAGUUGUACAAGGAUGCUAUCAGCGAGGCGAAGACGAUCCUCUGGAACGGACCCGCUGGUGUGUUUGAGUUCGAGAAGUUCGCAAAGGGCACCAAGGAGACGCUCGAUGCUGCUGUCGAGGCGGCGCAGAGUGGCAAGAUUGUCAUCAUCGGUGGAGGUGACACCGCGACUGUCGCUGCCAAGUACGGUGUUGAGGACAAGCUGAGCCACGUCUCAACUGGUGGUGGUGCAUCGCUGGAGCUGCUCGAGGGCAAGGACCUGCCUGGUGUGUCUGCGCUGUCAAGUAAGUAGACUUGGAUAUCGAAUAGCAGAGUAGAAGCUUAGUGGGAGAAAGGCACUUCUUCGAAAUUAUGAUUCGUGUAGAGUAGCUUUGUCAGAGCGCAAUAGAGCCUGAACUGCA